CCUGCAGCCUUCUCCAUACGGAGCAGAUGCUCUGCCACUGAUCUAUGGCCCCACCCCAUAUUAUAAAGUAAAGAAUGGUUUCACUUGUUAUCAAUGUCAUGUUUUCCUUGCACAGGGCAGUACACACAGUCUCCCUCCUAUUUUAUGCUCACAACAACCUUGCAAGGUAGGCGAGAUUGAGUGAGAGCAACUGGGUCACCAGUGAGCCCCGCUAAUGAGCAGGGAUGUGAACAGGAAUCUACCUGCCCCAGUUUAUCCACUAUAGCACAUUUUACUGUCCAUUGGGAUCUGUUUUAUUAAGACUUUUGGAUGAAGGAAGCUACCAUACUUCUUGGCAACCAACCAACUAUGUCUCUUGAUCCUUCAUGGCAGGUCGAAAGACCCCUCCGUCUGGGGAGGUCCAUAUCUGGGUCAAGGACACCAAAGAUCUGCCCCAGUUACGUCCCUCCGGAGUGGGCUCCUUUGUGAAAUGCUACGUUCUUCCAGACACCAGUAAAAAGAGCUACCAGAAGACCCGCAUUGUCCAGAGGGACUCCAACCCGGUGUUUAACCACACCAUCGUGUACGACGGCUUUCAUACAGAAGAUCUGAAGGAUGCCUGUGUCGAGCUGACCGUCUGGGAUCAUGAGAAACUGACCAAUCACUUUCUGGGAGGGAUCCAGCUGGGACUUGGGACAGGUAAUAACGAGGCCCUUUCGCCUCAUUCCAGUUUCGACAUGAAACAUGUUCUCCUUGCCCAGAAAAUAUAAACAGGGAGAGCAGACAUCCAAAGGGCAUGUUUUGGACCGCAAAUCAAAAUGGAAAGGGCUUCUCUUCAGAAGCGUGGCUGGGCGGAAAUUAGAAUUCACAGCAAGCCAGGCCUCUGCACCAUUGAAAUCAAUGAGUACCGUUCAUUUCCCAUUAAUUUCCCAUUAAUUUUAGUAGGAUGUAGUCAUGACUAACAUAGCCCGGAUGAUUUCAGGGGUUGAACCUGAAGCCAUCAGCAUGCAAGUUGUACACUGGACUCGGGUCAGGACAUCCUAAAAUGAAUGACAGCGAAUGCCCACUAAAAUGCACUGGUUCUUUCCAAAUGGCAAGGGGACUGCAUGGAAUUUCUGAAUGGCCAAUGGAGAGGAGAGGAGAGCUGGUCUUGUGGCUGCAAGCAUGACUUGUCCCCUUAGCUAAGCAGGGUCUGCCCUGGUUGCAUAUGAAUGGGAGACUAGAAGUGUGAGCACUGUCAGAGAUUCCCCUCAGGGGAUGGAGCUGCUCUGGGAAGAGCAGAAGGUUCCAAGUUCCCUCACUAGCAUCUCCAAGACAGGGCUGAGAGAGAUUCCCGCCUGCAACCUCGGAGAAGCCACUGCCAGUCUGU